AUGACUGGCGCCGACCCACCAAAUCACAGCUACGGGCAGGGCCACCUGCCGCUUGCGCAGAUCGAGAGCCACCUGUCCGUUGAGGCUGCGCCGUACGUGCGCAAUCCGUCUCCAGCCGAGGCUGCCGCAAAUGCCGCCAUCCCCGAAAGCGAGGCGGAAAAAGGCAUCUCAUCGGCCACCUCGAAGGAGGACGACAAGGAGCAGUUCGAGAGCAACGAGUUCGUCGAGCCUGGAUGGAAGGGAUGGUUAAAUGUGCUUGGCAGUGUAGUGAUCAACAUGAUAUGCUACGGCAUGACACAAAGCUUUGGCAUCUUCCAGCAGUACUACGAGAACGAGCUGCUUCCGGACGAAAGCGCUAUGGCCAUCUCGUGGAUUGGCGCAAUCAACUCGGCGCUCUGUCCCAUGCUUGGCUGUUUCUCAGGCCCAUUGUUUGACGCAGGGUACCUGAAGCACCUCACUGUUGCCGGAGGAGGGCUGUAUGUGUUUGGGCUGAUGAUGGCGAGCAUCAGCAAGAAGUAUUACCAGGUCCUGCUCGCGCAUGGGAUAUGCGUCGGCAUCGGGAUGGGAACCAUGUUUAGCCCUUCCGUCGCAACAUUAAGCCACCACUUUGCACGCUCCCGACACCGCAACCUCGUCUUCGGGUUCCAAGCAUGCGGAUCGGCCGUGGCUGGCAUCUACCUCCCCAUCAUGCUCAACUACCUCAUGCCCGCGAUCGGGUUCGCAUGGAGCAUGCGCGUCCUGGCGUUCAUGGUGCUGACGUUCACGACGAUCGGCUUUUUCUCACUCUCGACCACGGUGCCACCACGUAAGAAACUCGCCAUCCUCUCUCCCGACGUUUACCGAAACAAGGAAUACUCUGUCUUCCUCGUCGGUGCGUGCUUCGCCGCACUCGCAAUCUACUCCCCCUUCACUUUUGGCGUGACGUACGCAACCUCUCGCGGCGUGCCAGUUGGUAUCGCAAACUACGCACCAGCCAUCUCCAACGGCGUAUCUAUUAUUGGGCGUAUCGUGCCCCUCAUUGUGGCCGCACGCACUGGCCCGCUCAACGUGUUGAUGAUGUGCGCGCUCACGAGCGGGUUGAGCCAGAUGUUCUGGUCCCUCACCCAGAGUACUCCGGGAAUUCUGACGUACCUGGGGAUAUAUGGGAUGGUGAGCGGAGGGUAUGGCGCCAGCCUCAACCCCUCCGCGGCCAGCUUUGCGCCGGAUGUUAACCAAGCCGGCCUAUACCUCGGCAUGUGCUUCUUCACUACAUCGUGGAGCUGGCUUGCAGGUGCGCCAAUCAUUGCCGCCCUCAUCGACCAUUACCCGAGUUAUCUGCCAGCGUCGCUGUUCGGCGGAUGCGUAUUGAUCACGGGUGGCGCAUUCAUCAUGCUUAGUCGGUUCAUGAAGGCUAAGCAAGUCGGGAGUCCGUGGGUGUAG